AUGAGGAAAGACUGGGAGCGUCACCAAGGCGGCUGUCUGUCCUCGGAGCUGUCUUUCCUGGUGGAGCCCAGCGACGUGAUCGCGGUGAGGGAUCGCCCGCUCAUGCUGGACUGUCGGGUUCAGGGCGAGGAACCCAUCAUGGUCACGUGGCGUAAAAACGGGGUGCCUUUACCCACCAGCCCGCGGGUUCGGGUGCUGGCGAAUGGCACGCUGUUCAUCACGAGCUUCCAGAAACGCAGAGAGGGGAGCGACGCCGAUAUGGGCGAGUACGACUGUGCCGCCCAGAAUCGCUAUGGCAUGCUGGUCAGUCGCAAGGCCAAAGUCCUGCUGGCAUCUCUUCCUAAGUUCCACACCCACCCGGUGUCCAUGGCUGUGGAUGAGGGAGGCGUUGCUCGUUUCCAGUGUCAGAUCAACGGAGUACCUGAAGCCAUCAUCACCUGGGAGAGAGACAGAGUAAAACUCAACACCACCGAAAUUAGGUACACUCUGCUGCCAAUGGGUAUUCUCCAGGUGACAGGUGUGAGGCAGGCAGAUGCUGGGGUUUUCCGAUGUGUUGCCGCCAACCCAGCCAACACUCGCUACAGCCAUGAGGCCAUGCUCAACGUCACGGGUGGAGCUUCCAGAAUCUACAAAGAGCCGUUCAUCCUGUCAGGACCCCAGAACCUGACCCUCACUGUCCAUCAGACGGCCAUCUUGGAGUGCAUCGCCACAGGAAACCCGAAGCCCAUCGUUUCCUGGAGCAGGCUAGACGGACGAUCCAUUGGAGUGGAGGGUAUCCAGGUCCUGGGGACGGGGAACCUGAUGAUCUCAGACGUUUCCCUGCAGCACUCUGGUGUGUAUGUCUGUGCCGCCAAUCGGCCCGGCACCAGAAUGAGGCGUACUGCACUUGGACGACUCGUGGUACAAGCUCCUCCCGAGUUCCUGCAGUGGCCGCAGUCUGUGUCCAAACCAGCAGGGGGCAGUGCAGUGUUCACCUGCGUGGCCCAGGGUGUCCCCGAGCCUCACCUCAUCUGGCUGAAGAACGGAAAGGUCCUGAUGCCCGGACACAACGUCAAGCUGACCAACAACAACAGCACUCUGGCUCUGACCCGUAUCAGCGCAGAGGACGAGGCCAUCUACCAGUGCAUCGCAGAGAACAGUGCCGGGACCAACCAGGCCAGCGCCCGUCUGGCUGUGGCCCAGGCUAAAGACCUGCCCGCCGCCCCCGAGGGCCUCACGGCCAGCGGCCUGUCCGCCAACGCCCUGCAGAUCACGUGGAGCCAGCCGCCCUCCAACGUCACCGACAGCAUCAUCGGAUACGUCCUGCACAUCCGCAAGAUAGGAGAGCCUGACAGUCAGGAGCUGCAGGAGGCCAUCAGUAAAGGCACCUUCCAGCAUGAUGUGACCAACCUGGAACCAGCCACCACCUACAGCUUGUACCUGAAGGCCUACUCUCCUCUGGGCGCCAGCCAGCAGUCCCGCACUGUGGUGGCUACGACGCUGGGUGGAGUACCGACCCCUCCCACCUUCUUCACCAAGGUGGUGAAUUCCAGCGCUGUGCAGGUGCUGUGGGAGCUGCCCAGUAAGGCCGGCAAGGCUGAGGGCUUCAGGCUGUCGUACCGCAAGGUCCCCCACGCCGACUUCCAGGGACCCGUCCAGCUGCCCUGUCACAUCAAUGCACACACCAUCUCCAACAUGGAACCGGGCGCGGUGUACGAAGUCAAACUGGUGGCCUACAAUGGAAACGGCGAGAGUGACUGCUCCAAGAGACUGGUGUCGCUGGCGGAGGAAGGCCUGAGUGACCAAAGCACAGGGGGCAACAGUCUGUGUCAGUGCAGAGAUGGAGAGGCCUCUCUGGGCAGCAUUGUCAUCGGCAUCCAUAUUGGCACCGCCUGCAUCAUCUUCUGCGUGCUCUUCCUCAUGUUCGGAUAUCGACGCAGUCUUUUCUGCAGUAAAUGGACUCAGGACAGCUGGUCUGUACCGAGGGACAACACAGGACACAUUAGGAACCCUAAAGAUGGAGCAAACUGCCCCAGAGUGGAGUCAACGCCUCAGGUGGUCUGUCCGGCAGAGUGCCAGGUCAUCAUUGAGCAGCAGUCAUCAGGUUUGCCUGGCAUUGGCACUGGCUAACACUGGUCAAUAAUAUCAACAUAACCCCCCCCCCCCCAUACCCCUGCCCUCCUCCCUCCCAACUAUCCCCCACCAUGUGUGCUACUCGCCUAGAAAAACCCAAGCCUCUCUUUGAUAGAGGUCAUAAACCUGCUGCUAAUAACCUGAACGUAGCCUCCACACAACAGGGACAGAGCUAGAACACAUACCGACCCUUACCACUCCACCGCCCCCAUCCUCACCCCUACCUCAAACCAAAGCUUAAUGCCUUUAUUGCCUGUGCGUGUGCACAUGUGCAUGCUUUAAAAAAAAAAAAAAAAAAAACGCCUUCAAGAAGCAUGGCCGCUCCAGAUCAGGUCCUGUCACGUUCUUUUCCGUCACUUUUCCAGAGGGAGUCUGUUCUAUAACCAAAACCUUCCACUUCUCAGAUCUCCCCUGGUGCGCUGACGUGUUAAAACCCCUAAAUGAAGCCAAAUGUUUUCACCUGACCAGGACCUGUAUCAACGAAUCUGUUGUGACAGAACUCUUGAUUUCACCGUCAGUUCCUCUGCAAUAAGAAAUGGAAGAAACACAGCUGCCUUUGCAAACGCCUUACAGAGAGAGUCUGAUUACAAAAUGACCGUACGAGCUCCUUAAGAAGAACCAAAACCUGCACACCUCCAAAAGAUAAAAAGAAAAGCUACCUCAGUCUGAGAAGAAUGUCUGAGCCAUAGUUGAGGCCAGUGUUAGCCUACCUCGACCAAACCCCCCCCCCCAGCUCCUUCCUCAACCAGUGCCAGUGCCAGCCGCCAACCAGGCCAGUCCAGAGAGUGCUCACCAGGAUGACUACCAUGGAGAGCAUAACCAUGGCGGUCUGAAGUCCACCACCACAAGCCUAAGCCUUACGGCCCCAGAGGUCAACAUGAGCCUGAACAACCCCCUGUCCCAGUCAGGUGACCUUUGUUCCCACCCACAUUGUUUUGGUGGAAAUCUCCUCCACGAGUUUCCAUCUCCAAAGACGUGCGUGUGCAGAGGAUGUAGCUCAUGGAAAAUAUGGACCGACGAGCUUCGUGAACAUUUAAGCCACGCACAUGAAGUCCUUUUUUAAAGAAAACAAGUUCAGACAAACACAACUGUUGUUUGAUCUGCGCAAACCUCAUGGCAUAUUGACGACAAGCCAAAAAAAACAAAAAAAACAAACUUUGAGGCCAUGCUGCCAGGUUAACUCUCCAGAUGCCAAACUGGUCGUCCUGGGGCCUCGACGACACUGAGUUGGCGGCUAAAGAAGUUUUAUGAAGAUACUUGUGUCUCACCGAGUCAGCCUAUCCAAAAAGUUCUAUGAAAACCAAGCUGAAUGAUUGACCCAAAGAUGUAAACAUUUUGAUGGUUUUCUUUAUUUUCCUUUAAACCUUUAUUUUAAGAGAGACUACUUUACAAUUUUUUGGACUGUUCCUGUUUGAAAGGGGUCACCUGUGUGUAAAGUGCUUUAACUGAACCCAAACCAAAAAGAUUUUGCCAUAAUUUCACCACCUUUUUGUUUAAAAUACGAUCUUUCAUGUCUUGUUUGUCUAGUUUGGAAGUUAUUCCAGGUGCACCCCUUCAACACAGAACUGUAUUUUGUUGAUUCUAACACUUAACUUUUAAAGAGUGACCAAAUGAAGAUGUCAGAUAUUUUGAAAGACUUUAUGUCAAUACUAUAAGGAAAACUUUGUGUCUAUUUUAAAGUAGGAGUUCUUGCCAAAUAUUUAGCUAUAAAUAUGUAACCAAAUACCUCUACAUUUUUAACAUUCAUAGUCUUUACCUUUACACUUCCUCAUAACCAAAGCACAGAAACAUGCUUGCGAGCGUGGCGACGUACAUGUGUGUGAAUGGAUAACAGUGGGUAAACCUUGAGGACAGAAGCUUUGAGAGGGAAACACAACUUUAGAAUGAAAAUGUUUCUUUUGACCCAAAUUAAUCACCAAAGAACACGACUAACUUCAGUCUAUAGUGAACAGAAACACAAAAGUCUCUUAGACAAAGAAAAUUUUAAUGAAAAAGUGCUUUAAACCACGACUUUGUUCAUAUAUUAUUACAGUGUGUGUCGCCUCAGGUGUUUAUGGUCCUCAAGGUCUACCUGAACCCUUUAUGAGUGUUAAAGGUUUUCUCAAAGCAGAGCAGUAUAAAGCCUCGGACUUCUCCCCUGUUCUUUUUUCACACAAUUGAAAGCUGUUGAGCCAAUGUGAUACCAAAAAGUGUAUUUGAUAUGGAAGACCUAAAAAGUCGAUGUGUCUUUAGUGUGAAGUAUGUAGUGGUUAAACUAGUUUUUAAAAUGGAAAGCAUUUAUGCUAAUGCUUCUGUUUUGAACGAUUCAUUUCUCUUUUCAUUUGAGUCUUUUGUUCUUCCUGCUGUGCUCAGGAAAAGUUGCCAAAACGAAUGUUCGCUUCUGUUGAAAGUUUUUAUUGUUAUUAUUAUUGUUAUUAUUAUUAUUAUUAUUAGAUUAGGAUCAAUUCAAAUGUUUUCAUUUGUUUCACACGUGGAAGGAUGAUAUGAAAAUGUUUGUUAGGAUUACUUUGUGACGGAUUCUUUGAGCGAAUGAUGUGAGUUUUCCAGAGAAUUCAGACUCACGUCGUGCCCUGAAGAGCCAGUGACUAGAAGACAAAGAACGACAAAAAGAGAAAAAAAAACUGUAGGAAAGUAGAAACUGGCUGCUAGUACCAAUGAGAAAUGAUGCUUUAAUGAUGACAAGUGCUUCUAAUGUUCUCUAAACUUUCCACUGGUUCAUUGUAGCCAACUGCAAAACUAAAGCUUUAACCAGUUGUGACCGAGGUCCCGUCCUCGGUCUUUGGCCUAAAAUGAAAAGGUUUGGAGGACUGACUGCGGAGAAGUCGCAGCUGGAAACAGAGACCAAGCUGUGACCUGUGAAGUUUUAAAGGUACAUUUAUUUUAGUUCAUGCAAAUCACAACAGAUUUCAGGCCAGGAACACACUGGCUGCGUGGCGUGUGCGCUGCGUGGCGUGUGCGCUGCGAGGCGUGUGC